GUUCUGGUGGCCACAGUAGAGGCCGCCGUGGCCAGUGGCCGACCAAUUCAUCAAAAUGGCACCCUGUAUGAGAAGAUUUCCGAGGAGGUGGAUCGGUUGCGUUCCGAAAACGACACCGUGAUUGCCAAGGUGGAUGAGCUGGACUCGUCCAGAUCGAAGCUGAUCGCCGGCAGUGCCAACUUCAUUGCAGAAGUGCGCGCUGGCGAGGAUGGAAGCCAAAUGGCGGAGACCUUGCACCAGAUCGAGGAAUUGGACCGUCAGACGGCAGAAUUGCGGAGUCAGCAGAUCCAGAACUACCUGGACAUCGGUGCUCUGAAGCGUCAGCGGGUAACCAUCCAAAAGAGCGAGAAGGUCAUGGAGAUCUCUUCUGAAGUAUACGAGAUGAUUGCGAAGGAUGAGAUGGUUGCCGAGGACGCAGCCGUUGCGGUUUCUCUGGCCGAGACUGUCAGCAAAUUGGAGUCGGAGUUCGAUUCGUUCUCCCAAAGCAUCGCGACAGCCAAGAAGGAGCUGGAGAAUGUGGUCAGCCGGGUGCGCAGCCUCGAGCUCUCACUGCGGGCUCGGCGUGCAAAG